AUGGGCGAUUCAAAUGAAGAAGGAACUCCUCUGUGGCUGAAAAUAUUAUAUUGGAUUGUUCCGACUUUUGGAGCUUCUGGAUUGUUGUAUUUAUUCAGAUACUUCAUGAAAGGAGAUUUGUACGAAAGUAAGACUAAAAUUAACGGGAAAACAAUCAUAAUUACAGGAGUAGAUUCAGAAGUUGGUAAAGCAACUGCAAUAGACUUGGCAAAACGCGAUGGAAAAAUGUAUAUUGCAUGCCAAGACAUAGUUAAAGGAGAAGAAGCUCUUAAAGAAAUUAAAAAGAAGACUGGCAAAGAUGAUGUUCAUUUAUUAGAACUGAACUUGGCUUCUUUGGAUUCAAUAAGAGAAUUUUCAAAGAAAUUCCAUGAACUUGAGAAUAAGCUUGACAUCCUCAUCAGUAAUCAUGAAGUGAGUUUUUGUGGUAAAUCAAAAACAGUCGAAGGAUUUGAAAGACAUUUGGGAGAAAAUCUGCUAGGUCCAUUUUUGUUGAUUAACUUGUUACUAGAUCUUUUGAAGAAAUCACCAAGUCGAAUAAUUCUGGAAAGCAGCAUAGCUUACAGAUUUGGUUCAAUCAAUAAAGAUGACAUAAUGUGGGAAAAUUCAUAUAGCAGAUUUAAAGCGUAUUGCCAAAGUAAACUAGCUACACACUUAUAUGCUCAGGAAUUAUCAAAAAGACUCAUCGGCACAGAAGUAACUGUGUUGGGAAGAUUCAGCAAGUUUUAG